UUUACUGGCUGAUACAAAAUCGAAUAAUGGCGAAUCAUUGACUAUUAUUGACUUCAUAAUACUAUUUUUCUGGAGGUCAGAUAGUUUAUUUUGGGAAUAAGUAUUUCAUUGCAAUAUCGCUACCUCAUGGUAAGUAAAGGAGAUCUUCAAUGAAUACCAAGAAGGACCGAAAAGAUAUAUUGAUGAGAUGGCACACAAUACAAAAAGCGGCAAUAUAUCAGUUAUAGACUUUAAUGGCCGAGGAUUUAUUUGAACCAAUAAGCUCCAGCCAACCCAUGAUUCAGUGUUAGGUGCUGAGAUAGAAAAGAUGACAAUCCUUUGAGCUCUGGACUAUUUCAAACAGUAGUUUUUCUACUCAAAUACCAAUGACUCAAAUUCAUAUUGAAAUGUUUCAUGGCUGUUGACAAUAGGCACACUGAGUUUGUUAAACCCAGCUACAUUAACAAUCAGAAAGACUUGAACAAUAUCCGGCUUAUGCUGAGAUCAGAUAAUUCUAUCUUAGGAUUAAUUUUGAAUAAUCUCUCGGUUUUACAUAAGAAAGUAACCUAAAAAUUGAGCAAUACCGAAGAUGAAAUCAUUAGGGAUGUCAUGCUUUGAAUUCUAACAUUCAAUACUUGUUGAUUUUUUAUAAUCAGUCAUUAAGGAAUUUGAAUUUUAUGAGCUUCAUUACAAUAGCAGUUCAAAAAGAUUCAUUGAAAUGUUGGAUUUUAUAACUAAAUCAUUU